AUGUCGACAUCAAGUCCUAAAAGCGCUGCCGCUUGCCAUGCAGUCCAAGGACAGGAAGAUUCGUUAGUCACAGUAGCCAGUGUGCCAUCAUCUGCGACGAGUUCCCACAGCGUACCUAAAGAAGCCGAUCGUAGAUCAUUGUCUAUUGCGAAAAAUGGAUUACAGAUUUUACGUGAGAUCUUUCGUCUGGGCUAUCAGCCUUAUUACUCGCCUCAACUUUCAGAUGUGGUACUUGUUGCAAUCGACUUUGAGAAUAUCAACACCAUCAAGAGCGGAUUUGCGCAGAAGGGAAAUUGCCAAAUUGGACUUGCGAUUCUUGAUACAAAGGAAAUCAACCAGAUGCCUCCAGACGAGCUUAUAUCCACCCACAAUUUUGCUACAGGAUCUCCUUCAUACCUGAGCAAGGCGUCAAGAAAGUUCAUGUUUGGGGAGACAAUCGCAAUCAGCCCACCAAACAUUGUCAACCAUAUUCAAUCUGCUAUCCCCUCAGCUCGAAAUGUAGUUUUUGUAGGCCAUGGUAUUAUCAAUGACCUUCAGGCUUUACAAGCUCUCGAUUUCGAGUAUCCAGUGCUUCUCUCGAGCGUUUUAGAUACCUCUUACGUCGCUAAUGAGGUGUUUGAGUAUUGGGCUGGGUCUCUUGGCGAUUUACUCCUUUCUUUGGGAUGUUCCUUCAACAGGCUUCAUUGUGCAGGCAAUGACGCCAAUUUUACAUUAAGAGCUCUACUUCUUCUAGCUGCUUGCGGGUUUUCUAAGCAGCAAGGAGAGCAAGAAGAGGAUUGCGACACGCUUGCUUACCUAAGGCAAAUUUCAGCAUCUCCAAUACCACAUUGGGUUGAUCCAGAGGUCCAGGCUCUACAAAAAAGGGAAAGGAGGGGUGCAAAAAGUCGGAAGCACCAAUCAAAGACAUGGAGCAAGGAAAAACAAGAAGAAAUCCGUGCAGCUCGGCAGCUUAAGAAGCGGAACAUUACGGAAGCUGGAUAA